AGUUGAGUUAGCAAGUUCAGAAUUAAACUCUGUUUUAUAAGACUUACAUAACAAAACAUCUGGUUUUAACUCUUAAUAGACCUAUUAAUUUUUACAUGCCGAUGUAAUUUUCUCAUUUAAAACAGGCACAACUUUAAAAUGAUCACUUCGGUUGGAUUGAUAUUUUUGUUGAUAGCACUGAGUGACGUUCAUGCUGUACCAAAUGUUUGCCUACCCGAAAUGGGAUGCCUUGAAGGCACCUACAUGUCUGGUUUCCAAAGUGAUAAAUUUGAAGUCUUCAUGGGAGUUCCAUUUGCUGAGCCUCCAGUUGGUGAUUUGAGGUUUAGCAAUCCAAAACCUAUGAAGCCGUGGAAAGGUGUUCUGGAUGCGACUAAAGCUAAACCAGACUGCAUUCAAAAAAACUAUUUGCCACCUCAGCCAUUUGUCAGUGGACAGGAAGACUGCUUGUAUCUAAAUAUAUAUCGUCCAAUAAAUAAAGAUAAAAAACCACUGCCAGUAAUGGUUUACAUAUUUGGGGGAGGAUUCUUUGCCGGUACUGCAAGCCCUUUAAUCCAUGGACCAGAAUAUUUUAUGGACACAAAGGAGGUGAUUCUAGUUACAUUAGCAUAUCGCUUGGGUGCUUUAGGUUUCCUUUCAACUGGAGAUGCUAAUAUGCCUGGCAAUUUUGGGUUGAAAGAUCAAAAUUUAGCAUUAAAAUGGAUUCAAAGCUACAUCUCCUAUUUUGGAGGAGAUCCUCAUAGCGUUACAAUCUUUGGACAGAGCGCUGGAGCUGUAUCUGUUCAUAUGCACAUAUUAAGUGAUUUGUCAUCAGGUCUCUUUCAAAGAGCAAUUGUAAUGAGCGGUAAUGCUGGUGCACCAUAUGCCACCCCAAUUGCCAAGCCACUUGACCAAGCUCGUAAGCAAGCUGAGCUUGUUGGAAUUCCCAAUGCCAAUAACAUAAGCCCAAAAGACCUCACAAAAGCCUUACGACAAAUUGAUGCCAAUAAAAUCGUCGAAUCUGGUGAUGGAUUUAAAUAUUGGCAUGUAGAUCCUCUGACCACAUUUCGUCCAGUUAUCGAAGAACCUUCUCCAAAUGCAUUCUUGACUGCUGAUCCAGUUGAUCUUAUAGCUACUGGAAACUAUACACAAGUACCUUGGAUGACGGGUAUGGUACCUCAUGAAGGCGCUGUUCGAGCUUUGUCCAUACUCUCCAAUGAAGCAUUACGUAAUGACUUCAAUAACCAUUUUGACGAUUUCAUUGGAAAACUUAUGGAGUUCCCAUUUACAAAUGAUGUUGGCACGAAAAUGGAUUCCCUUAUUGAUCAUUAUUUUAAUGGAGUCCACGAACUAAACAACCAAACAGCCCAAGCUUUCGUUGAUAUCAUUACUGACCGAGCUUUUGUGCAUCCGUUUUAUAAAAACACCAAACAGUACGUUGAAACGGCUGAUCUUAAAAAAAAUCCAGUCUACCUCUAUCGAUUCAACUAUCGUGGUCCAUUUUCCUAUUCGACAUUAUACACAGGAAAUUUCAACAAUUACGGAGUAGUGCAUUGUGAUGAUCUUAUAUAUUUAUUCCGAUCGCCAGGACUGUUCAAUGUAGACUUUGAAAAGAACUCAGUGGAAGCAAAAGUAAUCAAGGAAUUAGUAGACACUUAUGUUUCCUUCGCAACAACAGGACACCCUAAUGGAGCAAAUGACCAAAGUUUAGCAGAAUGCAAUCGACAUGCUUUGGAAAAUCCAGAUGAUAACAAAAUUUGUUCGUACAAGGAGAUACAAAAUGCAAGCAAUGGAUUUUCAGUGCAAAUUGAUAACUAUUUUGACGUUUCAAAAGUAAAACUUUGGGACAAAAUACUUAAUUGAAUUGCUUUUAUCUUAAAUUGUUUUAUGUAAUCAUUUGUAUUUCUGCAUGUGUGUCUUAUUUAUUUAUUUUCAUUCGUAUCAUUUUAUGUAAGGGUUAUUUUUUUUAAGACUAGUAUCUUCUUUCAAAAAAAUAAUUGACAACCAUUUUAUAGGAUUAAUAAAAUA